AUGAGGCAGCCUGACAGGUGGGAUCCCUACGACACACUACUCCAACGCUUGCCGGAUCAAAGUGGCUACGAUGCCCGAGCUCACACGAGGAGAGACACGCAGAGGGACAGUCGAUCGACAGGCACGGCAUGUAACCUGCCCACCCUGAACACCACAGAGAGACUCAUACACAGGCUCAUCCAAGCGCCUGGAUCACAGCACAUGACACCGCUCCCUACCCAGGAUCAAGACCACAGCGCCUCCGAGACUGAGCUACAUCUCCUGCAGACAGCCACGCUCAACCCAUGGACGGCCACUAUUCCUACCCAAGCCACGGCAUAG